CAAUCUUGGUACAAACUGUGCGCCAAGUUCCGUCCACCAAGAAGGACACUUGCCGGUAUGUCCCCACGACUAUGCUGUCUGUGUCCGCUGCUGUUGUGGCUGGCCACCUCAGCACGCACAGCCGUAGACGAGCUGCACGGCUACCCGAAUUACGAGCAACUGCCACACCCCUGCUUUUUCGGUUCCAGAUGGCUCCCCAUAUUCCGAACCAUGUCACAGCACUUAACGGACGUCUCCCAGUUUGGCGAAGACUUCAAGGCAGACUCUAUUCACCUCAACUCUGCCCAAGGCCAUGUGGCCACUUAUUUGUCUGAUUGCCUUAAAAAGAUACACUCCUUCACUAAGCCUCCAGCAAGAUCGUCACCUAAACUCCUGUGGCCAGAGGAGGGGGCUGGGCCACACUUGAGCAGGUUGCGUAAAGGUCCGGACAAGUCAGCCUCGGUAGACAUGCAAGGCUCACCGAAGCGAUUGGGCAUGAAAAGCAUGUCUCCAGGUCUGCAAACAUUUGAGAAAAAUACGAGCAAGGCCCAUUCUCAUUCCGUCAACAUCUUUCUUCACAUCCUUUUCUCCGCUCAAUGCUGCAAAGUCACUUUGUCGAGCCGUCUAGGUCCAGUCGUCUCGUGCACUCGGCGCCAAAAGUCAACUACUCUUCAUCUCUGGGCACAUUGCGAUAAAUCCGGAGAAAUCCACAUUUCUAUUCUCUGCAUGGCAUGCCAACAAACGGUCCACUCUCACGUAUGCAUAUGGCAGGGCCUCGUGGGGCCCUCAGCAAUACCCCCCUUUAGCCCCAUCAUAGUCAAACGCAUUGGUGAGGUUGGAAAUUGGCGAGUCGAACUUGUGCUCGGCUGUCAUCAAGUAGGAAAUAAGAGGCCCCGAAGCAUCCUCUUGUAG